AUGGCCGUAGGACCGGCUUCGGAUAACUAUGAGUGGUCGCAGACCGGCAAUGACUCGGCAGCGAUCCUCAGCAAACCCACUCUUACAUUCAAACAGGCAACCUUGGACCUCUUGUCUCCCGCCAUUAUGUCACCCCGCCGCCACAGCAAGAGAUUGACCUGGUCUGGCGUCCCUUCGAGGAGCGCAUCUCCGGCUUCGACUACAUCGUCGGCUUGCGUGUCAAGUGUGCAAAACAUGUCAUACUCCACGAGCUACGAGGCCAACGCCUCAGACUACUUCUCCAUCCCCAUCAGUCAUAAUGGCCUCCCCACCGCAACGCCUCAAUCCUACCGGUCAUACGAAGACGCUCAGAUGGUUCACCUCAUGGAUGAUGCUGCGAUCAUGCUGGCCGGAUCAGCAUCGCGAUGGAAGCGAGUAGCCGUCACUAUGCCUCGCUCUUUCUGGAAGGCGGAGGACGACGCGUCUGCAUCCAGCUGUGACCAUCUCCUCUCCUCUGCCUGCGAGAAGCCCUUCGGACAAUUCCUAGCUGGUUACCGCGUCCCUGCCUUUGUCAAGACUGUUGAUGCGGACAAGACUGGCUCUGGCCUCCUGGAUGGCUUCCUGACAACCAACAAGAGGAACACUUGCUGGCGAUGCGGCAACUGCUUCUGUGAUGAUCAUACGACCCACUACGCGACACUUUUGCUCGAUGAGGCCGACUCCCCAGCGACUGGCCAUGCUUCGCGACGCCCUUCGCAAGAGACUAGUAUUUCGGCUCUAGCUGCCUUGGAGGAAGAAGCCGAACAGCUGUCGCUUGUUGCCGCCGCGGAGGUGCAAGGGGAGCCAGAGGCGACCACAGACACUUCGUCCACACCUCUGCCCACUGCAGCUUCCGCUCUGGCGCACUGUCUCCAACGCUCUACCCACAACUCGCCAAAGAAGCACUCUCCUGAAGCGCGACGAGCGUCAUCCACCGUCUCUUCGUCGCUGAGCUCUGAUGCUUGCUCCGGCACCUCAGCAGCUGCUCGGGAGAACGAUCAGCAGUACUCGCUAGCGCUUUCCAAUUUGCCGGCACCCGGUAGGCGUGACAGUGGACACAACACCAGCCCUUCCAUCUGGCACGGCAUGGCACAGCGGGAUGCAGUGGCGACAUCAGCAGCAGCAGCAGCCUUAGUAUCAUCUUCGUCAGCUUCUUCCUCCCGUUCUCACGCUACCACCAGCUCGCAUGGCACCUCAGUGACCGACGAGCAACUCGCACAACUUCCGAAGCGCAUUACUCUUCUGCCCAAUGGUCGAUAUCUAGUCAGGGAGAAGGUGUGCGACAGGUGCAGCAACAUCGUUGAGCAGGAGCGGGCAAAGACGGUGCAGCGCCAGGGCGCUCGUCGACAAAGUCAAGAGGACACGGCUGCCAUCGAUACACUAGCGGCUAUCGCCCACUUCGUCGAACAGUACAACGGCGAUGCGAUCCCUCAGCAGAGUCAGCACACUCCUAGGGAGACGAGGCCGGCGAAGCCUCAUCACCAACAGCAACAGCGCAGCAUCUCAUCCGACUCUCUGCACCACCGUCGAGGCCACUCGGGGGCCUACCCAACUCGCGAGCCCCGGCGCAAUACCUCGAUGGAGAGGCUCGGCCGUCCUGCCGCUUCAAGGCUCAGUCAGUUCUCCAUGAACGGCAACACACAGCCAUGGGCUGCUCGCGAAGACGACCGAGACGACGAUGACGGAGAGGAAGACGAGACUUCUGGAGAGCGUAAGUGGGCAAGCCCAGCUCUGCGCUCCUCGCCCUUUUCCUCGCCAUCUCUGCGCCACGCCACAGAUGACCAUUACUUUCCCUCGUACCUCUGCCCAUCCGAGGCGGGCAGCUCGAAUGCAGGAGGUCGCCGUGCUGCACCUGCGAGAGCCCCACAGGAACCAGUCAUGGGCGGUCAACGAUUGAAGUUCGCCAUGGCUCGCUUCCAGCACUAG